UUUCUCUCCCACUUCUAAUUUCUCUCUUCAUUGAGUUCAUUCUUCACUUCUUCACCAUCGUCAAAAGAAAUCCAAACACUAGACACACUCUCACUCUCAAAUCUCUCAAUUUUUUCUGAUCUCUCUUCGUGCUUUUUUUUGGUUUUUAAUUUUCGAUUUCACUUCAAUAACUAAUCAAUCAGUAUGGGCAAAAACGUUGUUUCUGAUGAAGAUGAGGUGGAGUUCGAAGACGAAGAGAGAGAGCCUGUUGAUGGAGAUAGAAUUGACCGCCGCCGCCACCACGACGACGACGACGACGAGGAUGAAGAAGGGCAGGAUGAAUAUGAGAAGGAUGAUUUUAUAGUGGAUGAUGUUGAGGAAGAAGAGGAGGCGGAUGAAGAAGAGGAGAGGGCAGAUAGUGAUGAAGAGAGGCUCAAGAAGAAGAAGAAAAAGAAGAAAAGAGAAGCUGAGGAUGUCCUUGAUGAAGAUGAUUACGAGCUCCUGCGGGACAACAAUGUGUACCAUCAUCGGCCAAAGGAUAGCAAAAAAUUCAAGCGUUUGAAGAAAGCUCAGAGGGAUUCAGAUGAGGACCUUUCUGAUGACGAGUUUGAUGGAAGCGGUAAAGGUGGGCGAACUGCUGAGGAGAAACUGAAGCGCAGCUUAUUUGGUGAUGAUGAAGGUGUUCCACUUGAGGAUAUGCCUGAAGAGGAGGAGCAAGAAGAAGUGGAAGAGGAUGCAGACAUUGGUGAUGAGGAUGAGAUGGCUGAUUUUAUCGUGGAUGAAGAUGAUGAGGAUGGAACUUUAGUGAGACGCAAGAAGCUAAAGAAAAAGAAAUCUCGGCAGGCAUCUGGAGCUUCAUCUUCUGCUUUGCAAGAAGCUCAAGAAAUAUUUGGUGAUGUUGAUGAACUCAUACAGAUGCGCAAGCAAGGUUUAGAAUCUAGUGAAUGGAGAGAAAGGAGAUUGGAAGAUGAAUUUGAACCAACUGUCCUAUUUGAAAAAUACAUGACUGAGAAAGAUGAUCAGAUUCGGAUGAUUGAUAUUCCAGAAAGAAUGCAGGUAUCCGAGGAAAGCACUGGUCCUCCUCCAUUGGAUGAUUUCAGCAUACUGGAGGAGAGCAACUGGUUAUAUAGUCAGAUUGCAAGCGGAACAGUACCUUUGUUUGCCAAGAAUGGACUGUUUAUAAACAAGGAUGAUGUUACCCGAUUUUUGGAAUUACAUCACAUUCAGAAGUUAGAUAUACCCUUCAUUGCUAUGUAUCGGAAAGAGGAAUGUUUAAGCCUGUUGAAAGAUCCCGAUCAACAUGAAGACAAUGAAAAUUAUGAUGACACUGAUAAAAAUCCCACAUUCAAGUGGCACAAGGUUCUUUGGGCCAUCCAGGACUUGGACAGGAAGUGGCUACUUCUUCAGAAACGAAAGAGUGCCCUCAAUUCAUACUACAAUAAGCGCUUUGAAGAAGAAUCUCGACGGAUAUAUGAUGAAACGAGACUUAAUUUAAAUCAGCAGCUGUUUGAGUCAAUUCUUAAAUCACUGAAGACUGCUGAAUCAGAAAGAGAGGUUGAUGAUGUCGAUGCAAAAUUUAACCUGCAUUUUCCACCAGGUGAGGUUGGGGCUGAUGAAGGACAGUACAAGAGGCCCAUGCGGAGAUCACAAUACAGUAUCUGUAGUAAGGCUGGCCUAUGGGAAGUUGCAAGUAAAUUUGGUUACAGUGCCGAGCAACUGGGAAUGCAGUUAUCUUUAUUAAAGAUGGAGGACGAGUUGCAGGAUGCCAAGGAAACACCAGAGGAGAUGGCUUCGAAUUUUACAUGUGCAAUGUUCGAAAGUCCCCAAACAGUUCUUAAAGGGGCUAGGCACAUGGCUGCAGUUGAGAUAAGUUGUGAGCCCUGUGUCAGGAGAUAUGUCCGUUUCAUUUUUAUGGACAAUGCUGUUGUGUCUACAAGUCCAACGGCAGAUGGGAAUGCUGCCAUUGAUUCCUUCCAUCAGUUUGCGGGUGUCAAGUGGUUGCGUGAAAAGCCAAUCAAGAUGUUUGAGGAUGCACAAUGGCUCCUUAUCCAAAAGGCUGAAGAGGAGAAACUUCUUCAAGUCACUGUUAAGCUUCCACAAAAAGUUAUGGAUCAAUUGAUUGAGGACUGUAAUGGUCGCUACUUGAGUGUUGGUGUCAGUAAAUAUGCUCAACUGUGGAAUGAGCAAAGGAGUUUGAUACUGAAGGAUGCACUCUUUGGUUUUUUGUUACCUUCAAUGGAGAAAGAGGCUAGAUCCUUGUUGGCUAGCAGAGCUAAAAACUGGUUGCUUUAUGAAUAUGGGAAGGUUCUGUGGAAUAAAGUCUCUGUGGGACCAUAUCAACGGAAAGAAAGUGAUGUUUCCAUGGACGAUGAAGCUGCACCUAGGGUGAUGGCCUGCUGUUGGGGUCCUGGAAAACCAGCAACUACUUUUGUGAUGUUAGAUUCAUCUGGGGAGGUUUUAGAUGUGCUUUACACUGGGUCCCUUACAUUAAGAUCUCAAAAUGUUAAUGAUCAGCAACGCAAGAAAAAUGAUCAGCAACGUGUUCUGAAAUUUAUGACAGACCACCAACCUCACGUGGUGGUUCUGGGAGCUGCACACUUGUCUUGUACUAAACUGAAAGAUGAUAUUUAUGAGAUUAUCUUUAAAAUGGUGGAGGAAAAUCCUAGAGAUGUUGGACAUGAGAUGGAUGAACUGAGCGUUGUGUAUGGGGACGAAUCUCUCCCUCGUUUAUAUGAAAAUUCUCGGAUUUCUUCUGAUCAACUACCUGGGCAGUCAGGCAUUGUUAAACGGGCUGUUGCUCUUGGCCGUUGUCUGCAAAAUCCUUUGGCUAUGGUUGCAACACUAUGUGGUCCAGCCAGGGAGAUUUUAUCUUGGAAACUAAACCCUUUGGAGAACUUUCUUACCCCUGAUGAGAAAUACUUGGUGAUUGAACAAGUUAUGGUAGAUGCCACAAACCAGGUGGGCCUUGACAUUAAUUUGGCCACAAGCCAUGAAUGGUUAUUCGCUCCUUUGCAGUUCAUUUCUGGGCUUGGACCUAGAAAGGCAGCAUCUUUACAGAGGUCUCUAGUAAGAACUGGAGCGAUUUUCACUCGCAAGGACUUUGUUACAGCUCACGGUCUUGGUAAAAAGGUGUUUGUCAAUGCAGUUGGUUUUUUGCGUGUCCGGAGGAGUGGCCUUGCUGCUAGCAGCAGCCAGUUCAUUGAUGUGUUAGAUGAUACGAGGAUACAUCCAGAAUCCUAUGGUCUCGCACAGGAGUUGGCAAAAGUUGUUUAUGAAAAGGACAGUGGUGAUGCAAACGACGAUGACGAUGCAUUAGAGAUGGCAAUAGAAUAUGUUAGAGAGCGGCCUAAUUUAUUGAAAACAUUUGCUUUUGAUUUGUAUUUUAAAGACAAUAAGCGGGACAACAAGAAGGAGACUUUCAAAGAUAUAAAAAUGGAACUGAUACAAGGUUUCCAGGAUUGGCGUAAACAGUAUAAAGAACCAACCCAGGACGAGGAAUUUUAUAUGAUUUCAGGUGAAACUGAGGAUACCCUUGCUGAAGGGAGAGUUGUACAAGCCACGGUUCGCAGGGUGGUUGGUGGAAAGGCAAUAUGUGCACUGGAAACUGGUCUGACUGGGAUUCUUACGAAGGAGGACUAUGCUGAUGAUUGGAGGGAUAUACCUGAGUUGUCUGACAAGCUGCGCGAAGAUGAUAUACUGACUUGCAAGAUCAAAUCAAUUCAAAAGAAUAGAUAUCAAGUGUUCUUGGUUUGCAAAGACAGUGAGAUGAGAAGUAACCGAUAUCGGCAGGUACAAAACCUUGAUCUCUAUUUUCAUGAAGACCAAAGCAGUAUGAGGAGUGAGCAGGAGAAGGUUCGCAAAGAGAGGGAGCUUGCAAAGAAACAUUUUAAGCCUAGAAUGAUUGUUCAUCCACGCUUCCAGAAUAUAACUGCUGAUGAAGCCAUGGAGUUCUUAUCCGACAAGGAUCCCGGAGAAAGUAUUAUUCGUCCUAGUUCUCGUGGACCUUCGUAUUUAACUUUAACUCUUAAAGUUUAUGAUGGAGUUUAUGCUCACAAAGACAUAGUCGAAGGGGGGAAGGAACACAAAGAUAUCACAAGUUUACUUCGUAUUGGGAAGACAUUGAAAAUAGGAGAGGAUUCUUUUGAGGAUUUGGAUGAGGUAAUGGACCGCUAUGUUGAUCCCUUGGUGGGCCAUCUAAAGUCAAUGCUAAAUUAUCGCAAGUUCAGAAGUGGCACUAAAGCAGAAGUUGAUGAGCUCCUAAGGAUUGAGAAAUCACAACAGCCUACUAGGAUAGUUUAUUCGUUUGGCAUUUCUCAUGAACACCCAGGGACUUUCAUUCUCACUUAUAUAAGGAGUACAAAUCCACAUCACGAGUAUGUUGGUCUAUAUCCUAAGGGAUUCAAGUUUCGAAAGCGCAUGUUUGAGGACAUUGACCGGCUUGUGGCAUAUUUUCAAAAGCAUAUAGAUGAUCCCUUACAUGAAUCAGCACCAUCAAUCAGGUCAGUUGCUGCCAUGGUCCCAAUGCGAAGCCCUGCAACAAGGGGUUCUUCCUGGGGUGGUUCAACGGAUGAAGAUGGCUGGAGAGGGCAAUCUUUUGACAGAGAUCGUUCUUCUGGUCCAGGUUCCAGGACAGGUCGAAAUGAUUAUAGAAGUGGUGGUAGUCGAGAUGGUCAUCAGAAUGGGCCCCCAAGACCAUUUAGUGGGCGAGGACGUGGUCGCGGAUCGUAUAACAGCACCAGAGGAAAUAAUAGUGGCAAUGAGAGGCAAGAUUCUGGUUAUGACAAGCCCAGAUGGGAUUCAGGUACCAAGGAUAACGAUGAAGGUUGGGGCAGUUUCCCAGGUGCCAAAGUCCAAAACUCUCCUGGCAGGGAAGCCUUUCCUGGUGGCUGGGGAACUGGUGCAAGUGGUGGUGAUAAUGGUGGUCGGGGCCAUGGAAAUGGUGGUGACACUGAUAGUGGGAAUGCUGGCUGGGGUAAUACUAGCUUGAAAAGAGAUUCAGCACAAGGGGGCUGGGGUGCUGGUGGAGGUGGAAGUGGUGGUGGUGACUCUGGUCAUGGAACUGGUGGUGGAGGCACUGACAAUGGGAAUUCUGGGUGGGGUAAUAGCUCUAAAAAAGGUGGGACACAAAGUGGCUGGGGUUCUGGUGGAAGAGGCGGUGGCGGCGAUGUGGGUCAAGGAAGUGGUGGAGUCACUGACGAUGGGAAAUGGGGUACGGCCUCUAAGAGAGAUUCUUCACAAUCACAAGCCGACAAUGGAUGGUCAGGAGGUGGUGGUGGUUGGUGAAGCAGCUAAACAUGACCUGUAAAUUUCCUUCCUCGUAGUGAUCAGCUGGAAGCUGGUAAAUGACUGGAAGUAGUGUAGCAGCGUAGCUCUAGGGAUCUGUUGGAAGCUGUAGGAGAACCCGGUACGGUUUUUCCUACAGCAUAUCAUGAUUUUCACUUUCUGGCUGGUGGAAGGACCCUUGAAUUUUUUUUUUUGCAAUAUUGCAACAUGUAUUCCUCCUAUCAUGCCUUUCUUGUGAACGUCUUUGAUUGGCUCCUUAAUGCAUAAGGUAGUUGUUCUGCUCUA